CUGGGGAUUGGAGGGGCUUAUUCAAACGGUUGUGAUCCACUCUGUGCUUCAGUGGUUUAUGUCAGCAGUAGGAUUGAACUUGGCUCAUGGGUUGUGGAAGAGCGUCGCACUUCGGACACGCCAACAGGUCACAGUUUGCUGCACCGUGCAGGAGGCUGGUCAGAGCAACAGAAAUAUGCUUUGCUGGGGGGAGAUAAAAUACACCAUCGAUUUGCUGCUCUGUCUUGAACAUUUCUGACAAAAGCUUGAUUCUUCAACAGUUAAGUAGGUGCCCCCACGUCCCGUCACCUCUACAAAAAAGAUUUCCCUCUGCAGUGUUUUCCUGAUCGUUAGUCGGAUCAAAGAGACUCUUCAGGGUGUGGCCUUGCUGUUGAAGCGCCAAAUGUUAAGUCAGGAGAAAGUGGCACUGAGACCAACUGUGCGGUUCUCCUCUUGGGCGUUUGAAACGCCCUCAACCUAAUUUGAAUGUUAGCUGGCAUUGCAGCGCCUGUGUUAUUUAAUCAAGUCGAGGCAUCAGGUUUCAUUAAGCUGCAGCUGCAGUUCAAGAACCGGUUUCUCCACCUUCAAUUUCACUACAUCACGGGUUCCGUGUGUUUUCUUAGGAAUGUUUUAAUCUCCAGAGGAAAUAAAGCUCUCAGUCAUUGAUAACACUGAUGGAUGAUCACUGCAAAGCUGUCAAAGGUCCUCUGAGGUUUCAUGUGUGCAUACAAUAUGUGUGUAUCUUCUGCACAAAUGGAAUUUCAUGGGAAGCUGCCAAACAGGAGAGGAUCACAGUAGGAUUUAUCGCUCAAUUUAAGUCCGAAAGGUUAGUAAGCUCAUCGGCAUUCAGUGACAAAUAUCAAAAGAGAAGGUGUGCACAAAUGUCAAACCACAUGUAAGGAAAGAUGAAAAACAAAAGUAAUAUAUGCCAGAAAAGUAAAAAAGAAAAAAAGACACAUGUCGAUUCUUGUGUAUCCCAUCUGUAGAGUCUGUUUUCUGCUCCAAAGCUCUACACAAGAUGAUGCAUCUCAGCCUGAGCGAGUAGUGUUUCUACAACAGACAAAUGAGUAAAAAAAAAAAGAGCAAGUAGGAAAAACACAAACUUUGCAUGUGAGUGUGUGAACGAGCUUCUGAUACACGGUGAGAGUCGGAUGCGAGUCCAGACGUCCUGUCCUGCAACCCAUGAGCCAAGCAGUGAGCCAGUGUCUGCACAGAAGUACAUAGAGACCUGUACCUUUUUAAAAUUGGCUUAGCCGACCAGUAUAGCACCACUCUAUAUAGGUCCAAGUAAGUAUGGAGACACAUGAAGAGAACCAACAUUUUGUUUGUGUAUAUUACUUUAUUUUUGAUAUUUCUUUCUUUGUGUUUCGUUCUCUUUAUUUAUAGAAACGGCCUCAGCUUGUCCCGUCGUGGCUCUGAGGACGGUCUGUGUCUGCUGAGCAGGGCAGGCAGACACAGACGGGCCGCGGCCGGGCCUCUUACCUGCUGACAGUUUACUGUUGUGCAUUGCAUUUAGUAAAGACGGUUCUACUGUGUAUCUGAUGUUUCAACAGGAAAUGGUCUGAAAGCAGCAGAUUCGCCUUUCUAUUGCUUUUUUUCUUGGCACCAUCUUCAAAAAAAAAAAGACGAGCCGCUCAUGAUGGGAGUGAGUUUGUGUGAUUAUACAGCAAACGCCCGAAUUUCCAUGCUUCAGUUAAUCUUGUGUGACAUUGUAUGUUUUCAUAGUAAAUGCAAAUAAAUUCCCCUGCUUGGCAGGGCAUUUUAGAAAACCUUUCUCCUCUCUGCUUCUGUGAAAAGUCAUUGUUUAAAACGUCCAGAAUUAUUGUGUCAGUAGCAGCUGAUCAGAGACGCACUCACUGCAGUCAGCCAGAGGCUGUGCUUCUUCGAUUAGAUAACAAGCUGCUUCCGUGACUUAGUACUCACCUGCACUGAUGGAAUUCCAGAGAAGGCUGUUUACCUGAAGGCAGCGCUUCCUUGGAAGUGUGCACCCACACGUGAUGACACCUGUCACGUCUGCAGAGUGCUUAAAGAGCGCAGACCGCCAGCCAGCAGGCCAGUCGAUCCAGCAGCGGAGAGGCCGAGGACUCGGGUCUGAAGGUAGCGUGGUAAACGGAUACACUCAUCCCUCCCGAAGUCUUCAUCCCUCGCUCAUCAUGUUCAUCAACGAGGAGCUGGAGUGUGUCGUGUGCUGCCACGAGUACUCUCGCAGCGACCGGAUCCCGCGGCUCCUGCACUGCAACCACACCUUCUGCGCUCCGUGCCUGGAGAAGCUCUGCAAGAUGAACGGCGUCGUCCGCACCGUGUCCUGCCCGCUGUGCCGCUGGAUCACCUGCACCCGGGCCAGCCUCACCCUGCCCGGGGCCCUGUGGGUCAACACGGAGAUCUGGGACCAGAUUGCAGAGCAGCAGCGGCAGGGAGGGAAGGGUGGGUCAGUGGAGGAUUUGAAAAACCCAAAGGCGCAACUCAUCAAGUCAACACUACCUGCUUCAAGACAGUCCGGGUUCAUGUCCACGCUGCAGAAGCUGUUCAGCUGCGUGCUGCUGCAGGGCCACGACAUGAACGGCUGGUGAGCGCGGCGACGCGCCGCGCGGUUCGCCUGCGAUGACACGCAUCUGAGGCGGCUGCGUCUCCGAGCGAAGGCCCCGACAGCUCCCAGGGAGGGGGUCCGAGCCUGUGCGGCUCUGUUCCUGUCGGACUAAACAGCGAGUUUAAAAGGACUGCGAGGCUGGUUUCGAGCUGUGAAUCAAAUACUGCGGGAUAGAUUUUUUCUUACCACAAUAACUAACUGCAAAAUAUCAUCAAAUAAGUAUGAAGAGCUCUUUCUUUCUUGUUUAAGCGCAGCUUGAUUCUGUGGUGCAGUGUUUUGUUGUAUAUUUUAUAAUAUCUUGUAAAUUAUUGUCAAAUUAUUUAUAUAUGUGUACAUACGUCAACUUGUGUUUUGCUACAUCUGUAAGAAAACCUGUGCGUCAUCUUCUCCCUAAAUUUCGUGUAAACUCUUUUAUGCGCAGUUUGUUCUGGUUUAUUUAUUAAACAAAGCUGUUGGAAUUGAUUUCCUCAGACAUUCGUGAAUAUUUCAGUGUUGCAGUGUAUCAGGGAACAUCAUCUGUGAAGUGAAGCGUCUGAGACAUGAAGAAUAACCUAAUGACAAAGGAUUUUUCCAGCGUUUCAAUAAACCUUUUUUGAACGUAUCUCUUGAUUUUUGUCCAGUGUUUAUUCCUCUUGGCCGUGUCACGCUAAAAAAUCAGGAAUAUAUGAAGUGUUUUAUAAAAGUUACAAUGAAUAAAAACCAUCACACCAGCCAAAUGCAGUCUACUGCUGCAGUUUCAGUUCAGUUUGUGUGAGCU